AUGGGCACCCAACUCCGUAGCUUUCGAAGCUUAUUGCGGCUUUGUCGAGAAUGUGAUCAACAGCCAGCACGUUUGCUGGGACUCUUGGGGCGGCCGCCGCGGCAGUACGACUGGAACUUCAAUCGGGCGGUUCGGACACGCUUCAGCGGAUCCCCCUUUGCGGAGGAUAUGGUUUGGGAGGCAAGACGUUUGGAGCCGAAAGAUGUAAGUAAAGAGCGACGGCAUUUUCGGAGGGCACAAGCCUUGGGCAUGGGCGAACUAUAUCCUGCGGAGGCAUCAGAGCUCUUCAAGCGGAUUGCCGCGAGCAAGAGCCUUGUUUCUCAAGGUGACCUCCUCCUGACUCACCCCAUUGCUUGCCUGAAAAAUACCCACUUCGACCAGGCCGUGAUACUUCUGCAUGAGGUGUCCAGCAGUCCAAGCAAUCCAGAUGCACAGGUGAAAGGUCUAGUUGUGAAUAAGCCAAUGCCGAAUAUUCCCCUCAAGCAGCUCUUGGCCCGUGCAACGUCUCCUGAAGACAAAGAGUGGGCUGGAAUGGUUCAAUCCGAUUGCAAGCUGGACGGGCUUUCUGUCUUUCGGGGUGGUCCCAUUAUUGUUGGCAACUCGAUUCGGCACAAUCUGCACUGGCUGCAUGGCUUCUUUGAGGUUCCUGGUGCUAAGCAAGUUGCUCCAGGCCUGUGGCUAGGAGGAGAUUGUCGAGAAAUACUGGAAAAAGGCAUGCAGGGUGAUGAAGUGCAAAGCCACUCCAUUCCCUUACGUGUUUGCUUUGGAUACUCUGCAUGGACUGAGCUUCAAUUGCGACUGGAGCUCGAGAGCGGUGUUUGGACCCGGGCACAAGCUCUUGAUGACCGACCCAGAGACGGUGCUCUCUCCAUCAUUGCUUCCAGCUGCUUCGGGACAGAAGGCAAAACUGCUUGGCAACAGGGCCUUCACUCAGCGGGUUGGUCCUUCAUGGCCAACUUCCCCCGUAACGCGGAAGUGGACGAGAAGCUGGAGCGGCACACGAAACAGCAGGAGUCCCAAGCUCAACUCCAGGCACAAACUCCAAAACCGUAG